CUCUAAAAUAUAUUACUAAAUAUGUAUUGUUUCAUCAAUAAGCAUCGAAAGCAUUUUUUUAAAGUCAGUUCAAUUUUAACUCCACUUCAUGCAGGAGAAACAUUUAUUCCAAACGUCAAAUUUGACAAUUUUCAACUACUUGUGAUUAUGGCAUAUAAUAAUAAAUAAAGAUAAUAGUUGGACUUAUCAAUUUAUUUUUUGUUUGUUAUAAAAAAUAUAUUGCUUAUAUUAUAAGUGGUUAUUUUUAAGUUAACGUUCAAAGACACAAAAUAUGGAGUCUUUUCAAGAUCAAUUUGAUAACCUCAAAAAAGAAGAAGCCGAAAUAGACCAGAAAAUUCUUGAAUUUCAGAAUAAACAGAAAAAUGGACAAUUUGUCGACAAACAAACAUACAUGAAGUUGUUACAUGAGUAUAAUGAUUUGAAAGAUGCCGCGCAAACCAUGAUUGGAGCUUUGGCAAAUAUUAAGGGUGUCACAGUGGCCGCUGUACACAAUCAAUAUAAUUUACCAACAGAUGAUUAGAAUUGUAAAUUUACGUUAAG